GUCAAACUUCUUCCGAUGUUUUCGUAACUUUUGUUUAAAAUAAGAAGCGCUCGCGAUAAGCAAUCGCGGUCGAGUGCAAAUGUCGCCGAUAGCGCAUCGUAGCGCCAGUGUGUUCUAAUAUUUGAAAUUGUGCAGUUUGUACGCUAAUGGGCGGUGAGCCCUUCGUGGAAUCCGUUGAAUCAUACACCGGUUAUCGGUUCUGUGUGUUUUGAACGGCGACAAUGUGCGAAGUGACAAGUUGGAUUCCGAACGCGGUGGCCGCCUCACUGCUCGCGGACCGCUCCGCUCAACCUGUCAUCGCGUGGCUGCAAGUCAUACGAGAUUCUAUUGAAGAAUACGACCCAUUGAUAGUAGUAAGACCUCCAUCUCCAGAAGACGAAGACUCAGACUCGUCGAGCACGACUCCUGACAGUGCUUUUGACGAAAUACUAUCCCAAUUGGGAAAAGAGAUCUACAAAUUGGAUGAAUAUCAGAGAAACCUGGUCCCGGGGGAAAGCGAAGUGUCCCUUAGUAUUCUCAACAUUUUCGACGAAUGCAUGCAAGGAAUGAACGGCACAGAUAAUAAAGCCAGUGAACUAGAACCGGUGGAGGAAGUGUUUGAAGAAAAUUGUGAAAACGGUGUAGAGGUGUGCAGUGAGGGUGAAUCAACAUUGUCGGAUAUAUCCUUCGUGACGAGUACGCCGGCGCGGAAUUCUAAAGUGGUGACUAGUGAUAUAAACGAGAUAUUUGACAGGGGUGAAGGCACGCCGGUACCGCCGCCGCGGAUCAAACUAAAAACGCCUUCAUCCUCGUCAUCAGCGUACGAAAACAUGGAGAUGAAGACUCAAAACACGAUAAUGGAAGUCGCAAAAAGGCUAGCAUCGGACAGUGACAGCGAGAGCACAUGUUGGAGUUACAAAGAGUGCAGUUCUGAUACAGAGAACGAGGGUAGAGAUGCGUACGCGGUGGUGUGGUCGCACUCAAGCGGCUUUCAUAAUUCCGAUGAGAUUUUGCGCAGGGUGCUAUUACAGCACCACGCGACAGUGUCACGAUUGUCGUUCGAUUCGACUAGUGAGUUCGUCCCGCCUCAGUUCUCCGUGUACGCUCUCGAAGAGGUGGGAGGCAACAGGUGCGUCGAAAACGAAAUGCCAGUCGCCGUCAUGACACCGGGGCGACCGACCGACGACGGGUACGAACCCGUUCGCGACGCGAUCACAGACGAGAACAUUUACGAGGAGAUUGAAUAUGGAUUGAGUUAUACUGACGAGGGUUUCUCGUGCGGAGGCAGUGUGGAGGUGGAGAGCUGUUCUGUCAGUGCUAGUUCGGAAUGCACCGGCCGGGAGAGUCCUCUGUACGAGAAUCUGAAGGACCACGACGCUUAUGCUGUUCCACCUGACGUCAUAUUUUGGAAGGAGAGGAUUUUGGCAGACCCGUUUUACUGCGACGAUGAAGAGGAUGAGUGGAUCACCCCUGAAGAAUGUGCGGAGUAUAGCCGGGAGGCGCGUCCUCCACUCGUCAUACCCAGGAUCACACAGUAUAGGCAACCAAGGAUACAGAGACAGCCUUACGUGGAGGAUACCAUCCAGGAGUCGGUAGUACGACCUUCAGGCAGACCUUAUGAGCGUAUGCAUGACUGGAGCCCCACGUCGGAGCGGAGCCGAGCUGACCUGGAGCGGAGUUUCAGCAAGGCCAGCUCCGAUAGCCCACCUAUUGCGAGGAUCAACAAGAGACUGGGCAACUCCACCGAAAACCUCCUGUACCCGAAUGUGCGAAGGCCAAACAACCUCCAGCUGCCGGCGUCCUCGUCCGGAGACAGCCUGGACGUGGAGAUCCGGGAGCGGGACCCUGUGCACCUGAGGAGCAGGAAGUCCAGGUCGAUGGUGGCGCCCAAGCACAGGAUGCGGUCGCCGGUGCCAGCUCCCAGGAUGCUGGUCCAUCAGCCAUCUGAGAUGCCCGUGGUAUACGAAGGUGCUGUGAAACGCACCAAGUUCUCCGAGAACGGCAAGAAGAGCAAGAAGAACUGGAGCGACUGCUACGUGAUCCUCACGCAGACAGGCCUCAUCUUCUACAAGGACCAGAAGACUUACUUGGCUUCGAAAGCCCCGAAAGCGCCGGGCACGCCGCCGAGCCCCACGGCGCCGCGCGCCGACCUCGUGCUGCCGCUGCGUCACGCCAGCGUCGACUUCUGCAUGCAAAUGCACACUAGACGGUACACCAAAUCCCUUCUGAUCACAGUGGGAAGGGACCAGUACCUUCUCCAAGACGAAACUGAGAAGGGCGCAGAGAAAUGGGUGUACAACAUCAAAACUAUCAUACACAAAUUGGGUCCUCCACUACCCGAUGAUCUCAGUCUAAACCAAAUGAGGAACAGCAAUACAGACCUCGAGAGUCUAGGUCGAACUCCUCCCCCGUCCAGACACUACCAUAGAGGCAAAAAACAAGCUGGUGGCAGCAGUAACGAAGAUCUGAGCGACACUACAGAGGUUUCCAUACAAAAGUCUCAUGUCAGGAGCAGACUGAAGAAAUUCUUCGCCAAACGCCCUGCCAUGGAGGUUCUAGUCAAGAAAGGAAUCUACAAAGAUGAGCCCGUCUUCGGUCGUAAGCUGGACGAAGUGUGCCCAACAGAGAAGGGCGUUCCUCGUGUUCCUCACUUCGUGGUCGCUUGCAUCAAGGAGAUAGAGAGUAGCGAGGAGAAUAUGUGCACGGAUGGACUUUACAGAGCCAGCGGGAACCUGAGUCAAGUCCAGAGAAUAAGGUUACAGGUGGACCAGAACGACCUGGGCGCUAUAGAGAACAACAGUGACAUCCACGUUCUGACUGGCUCCCUGAAACUCUUCUUCCGGGAGCUGAAGGAGCCGCUGAUACCCUGCAGCAUGUUCGACAGGGUCCUGGCUGCUUGCUCAAUAAAACCAAGGGAAGCGAAGAUUAAGGAAUUCCGGGACAUCAUCCAGGCACUGCCACAAUGCAAUAGAGAAACUCUGAAAUACUUAUUAGAACAUCUUUUAAGGGUCACGCAAUAUAGCGAACGUAACAGGAUGCACACGGCUAACCUAGCCAUUGUUUUCGGCCCCACACUUCUCUGGGCUCCGGCUGAACAAGCACACAACAUUGCAAUCGAUUGCAUCCAGCAAAAUAACGUCGUCGAAGUCCUUCUAAACGAUUUCAAGGAAAUAUUCAAUGAAGACACCAAAACCAAGAAGAAAGCGUGACUCUGACAUCACCGGUCUCUCCGGUAUUAAAUUGAGCCCCAAUACUCUGUUCUUGGUAAAUUUCUUUACUGAAUUUGAGUGACAUGGACUUCUUUAAUGACUAUUAGCAAAUCGGUGUCAUGUAAAAUAUUUUACCGAUACGAAUAGUUGAACGUGACUACGUUGUAUUGUUGUGUUAUUUCGUGUGUAUUUGAGUUUUAAGAGUGCUUUAACCAGUUUUAAAGUGAAACGGACAAUAUAUUUACUAUUUUUAGGAACUUAUAUGGAUGAUGUUUUUAUGAUAAUAUCGAGAUCAAAAGAUCCGUUAGUAAUUUUAUUAGAUUUAUGAUCUCUGUCAAAAAUUGUUGAAAUUUAACAUUUUUGGAUUAUGAAGAGGUUCCUUUACAUUGCAGAUACAACCAAGAAAAGUGCCAAUAUAAAAAAAAAUAUACCAAAUUAAUAUUUGAAUAUACCUUCUGCAAAUUUUCUUUUUAAGAACUGAUCAUGUAAUGAACGUAAUAUAUGCCUGUUAUGUAUAAAAUGAUGAUGCAUUGAACACUAAAGAGAAGGACGAGUAAUAAAUGAAUUGAACGUAUUCAUCCAAAUGAGUGUUGUGAUCAAAGCAAUAUUAUUACGGAAAGACUGCGUGAGGCUCUAGAAAUAAUAAUAUAUUCAGAUGACGAUAUAUGAAAUGUAACACGUGUUAUAGAUUUAUUAUUUUCGUGUGAUGUAGAUGGUAGAGAUAUCCUGGUUGAUACAGCAUUAUUUUUGGGGCCAACUUUGUAUAUACGAGUCCUGUCAUUGGCUUUUGAAGUCAGCUUGUCUUGUGUGCCUUACAGAAUGUAAAUAUUCAUCAUGGGUGAAUGAAAUGUAUGUGAUAAUGUAUUGUAUAUUCUCCUUUUGUUUUUAAUUAGCUUGCGAAGUGACGGUCUAGUCGUUACACCUCAACUUUUCCUGCUAGGAUCAGUUCAGACGUAUGAAUAUUUCGACAGAUAUUUUUAGCCAUUUUAGACAAGAAACUGAACUAGGAACCUUGUGACUGUAACCUACAGGCAAUAUUUCAAAUUUAACAUUAUUAUUACGAGAUUUUUCUUUUUUUUAUCUUUGUUCAAUUUUGACGUCACCUUUAUAUGAAUUCAAAAUAAUAAUGUGCUGACCUUAAUUAUUUUUGACUAAGUCUGAACUAAUCCUCAUUGGAUUGAAUGCAGUAAAUCAAUACUCAAAAGCGUUGAAUUCAAACAGAUAUGUAAUAUUUAAUGAAGUAUAACAUAAUAACUAAGCUAGGAACCAAAGUGUGUAUUUUUCGGCUGAUAGAAUAUUUUAAAUAUAUUUGUUGCGUAGUUAUUAUUACGAAUUAUGUUAACGCCAAUGUAUGCUUGGGAAUAAAUAUUAAUAGACAAUGACGUUACAUCAAAUAAAAACCACGUAUUUUAA